CCAAAUUUGAUUAAAGCAAAAGAGAAUGUGUGAAGCCAUAUUUAUUAUAUCCAUUUGACAAUGAGUUAUAUAUUGUUGGAGCCCAACACUUACCGCCAGAGUUCUUCAAACACUAAUAGUCAGAUCAUUAUUUGGCCACUUCCUGGGUUCAAGCUUGAAGACAUUAAUAUUGAAGUCACAAAUAGAUGGUUACUCGUAAAAGGAAUGUGUCCAACCAAUCAUACAUACUUUGCUAAACACUUUGACAUACAGACAAAUUGUAUACCCGAUUACACCCAAACAAGGCUUCAUGGAGAUGAGCUCUAUUUAUUCUUAUUAUCAAAACACGAUACAAAGAAAGAAGACAACAAAAUACCAACCCAAACCCCGGAAGUUUAUCUAGAAUGCCAACGUGGAAGCGAAAGCAGCGGUGACAUGUCAAGUAGCGAUAUGUCAAGCGGUGACACAUCAACCAGUGAAUGGUCAAGCGGGGAGACGUCAAAUGGUGAAUCAUCAAGCGUUGACACGCCAAGCGGAGACGCUUCAAGAGGUGAUAGUGAUUCAGAUAGUGAUUCAGAAAGUGAAAAUGAAAACCAUAUAUAUGGCCCAAGUCCUAAAAAGGAAGGUUAUGAUCAUGAUGCUGUAUCAAAAGAUUAUAAUCUUAAACAGGAAACAUCAUUACCAAUGGUAGAAGAAAAGGAUGCAAGAGAGUUUCAUGAUGACAAAGAUGGUGCACUUCAUAACCUUCAACAUAACAACAUAUGUUCAAUGGUAAGAGACAAACUUAGAAGCAAUAAGAGGAGGAUUACUAUAGUCUCUGUCUUCCUUCUAGCAUUAUCUUUGGGAAAAUUAGCUAGUAUCUCAUCAUUAACACAGUCCAAGAAACAAUGAUAUGCAUUUAAUAAGUUCCUUUCAUAGUUUCAUUGACACAUAUUUUUUAUCUAACACUAUGUGUAUGUCUCUCUAAUAAAAAAAUUAUGCAAGGAGGAAUAAAGAAUGCACUUGACAAGUGC